AUGGAUCCAGCACAUCUUGCAGAUACGGCGUCGACAUCGCCGAGAAGCGCUGCCAGCCAGGCCGGCUCACUUGAAAGCGAUAACAACAGCAACGGUAGACUAUCUGUUGCUCACCGCCCCAGACACACCCGCACCAGCACGCCUAAAGUGAGGACAGGCUGUGUGACCUGUGAAAAACGGCACAUCAAAUGCGAUGAGGCAAAGCCACAUUGCAUGAACUGCCUGAAAACCCGUGGCGUAUGCGAUGGGUAUGUCGUCAAGCCACGGAAGGCGAGGGGCAGGCCCGCCGCUCAACCGCAACGACUCAACCCUCCCUCACCAUGUCGUGUCAACCAGCGUGUGCUACCACGAGAACCGGACAUGAACUCUCUGGACUUUGAGAACGACAGAGACAGCGUGUACUUUGAAGACUGGAACGACCUUGUUCAGGUUUCCCUCGGCGGUGCGCCAUUCUCCCGUACCAAGCUCUGGAACGAGAUGAUGCCGCAACUCAGCAGACAGAAUCCAGCGCUACGACAUGCGGCCAUCAGUAUCGGCGCCAUGAGCAGGGCGCUGUCACAAAAAGGGAACUACGUCGUCGCGAGGAACUUCAACAAUAUCGCCGACCUUCUUCAAAGCCAGCACUACCAGAGCGCCAUCGUUCAUUAUUGCCAAGCUCUUCGACUGCAAGCUCACGCCGACUUCCAAACAGCAAGCAUCCAGGAAGCAGUCCUAUUGUCUAUACUGUUUGUUUCAUUUGAGGCCCUCCGCGGAAAUCGGCACUCGGCGCUGCAGCACGUGAGAUAUGGUUUCGUGCUAUUACAGGAACUGCUCAUGAGCGAGGAUGCGGACGCGCGUAUCUGGAAUCUCGCUCCCGACCCGCGACAACUCAUCACUGAGGUCUUGGACCUGUAUAAUCACCUCGACGUACAGAGUCGCACCGUCCUAGCAGGCAACGUAAAGACGAGUCGCUCACCGGCCUAUGAGCUCAUUAGAGGCCUCAAGGCCCGCGGCCACACUAUUGAGACGUACAACAUGCAGAUCCAACGCUACACAGACCCAGGGGAGGGCAGGAAAAAUAUGCCAGAGAUCUUCUACGAUGCCGAACAAGCGUACACCUGGUGGCAGGUGUGUCAGCGGCGAAUCGCAAAACUCGGUCCAUUAUUGCUCAGCGUCAUCGACGAUCUCAAGUUAGAUGAGAUUACAGACGAGAAGGGAAUCGACGAACUCCUCGUGAUCAUGCAAGACCGCCCAGAGCUGCUUGCAUAUUGUGAGAAGUCCAUGGGGCACUUGCAACAAUGGCGAGCAUCUUUCGAGCCUCUUUACAACAGGACUCUGUCAGACAGUUCCAUCAGUCGGAGAGAGUAUCUCAAGAUCUUGCAUCUGCGGAUGCACUACUUGAUCAUGUUUAUCUACAGCUUCUUCCCCAAGUAUGCUGAUGAGGCGACCAUCUCCAGCAUGACGCCAUACUGCCGUGAGAUCAACGAAGUAAUCGAGAUAUUGCUGCGCGAACAAGAGAAGGAUAUCAAGUCGCCGGCGAACCUCUUCUCUAUGGAGUUUGGCAUCGCAUGGCAACUCACCAUUGUCGCCAUGACAUGCCGCGACCCACUUGUAAGAGAGAGCGCGACGCGGAUUCUCGAAAAAUAUCCUAGGCGGGAAGGAUUGUGGGAUAGCCAAGCUUUCCUUGCCGUUCUUCUCAAGAAUCGUGACCUUGAAAGAGACAAUGCCAAGGAAGGCACGGCGGCAGAACAAUGGAGACGCCUAUGCAGACGCGAAUUCAUAUUUGAGGACGCGGGGGAAACCAUUAUCUUCCGUUCGUUGAAGAAGAACCACACCACUGGGGAAUGGGACCUGGUGGAAGAGACGGCUGAUUUCAGAGGUGAGGUGGAGGGGUUGGUAUGGAAAGAGAGGCCUUUAAGCGGGCAGGGUUUUAUCAUGACCGGUAUGAAUUGA